CGUAGUUAACAGUUGUCGUGGUACGUUGCUCAUCAUCACAUGUGAAUUUACGGUGAAGAGGAGUAAAAUAAUAAAAAAAAACACACACAAAAAUUUUUGUAUUGUUUAGUAGUGUCAAAGAAGCAAAAGAAAAAAGCUUAAAUUUUUAAAGCAUUGAAAUUCUAACAAAAAUAGAUAUAAAUACAAAAGUCAGCUGUUCGAGUUUAUAAUUCUUUUUUAUACCUGAAACAAAAAUAAAAUCAAUUCUUUUAUUUUUUUUUUAUAAGAAAAUCUAAAAAAUGUAAAACAAAUAUAAUUUAGUUUUUUUUUGAAUAAUAACAACAAAAAUAACGUUGUUGGAAACGUUAUUAACUGGUGUUUAGUAUAACAGAAAAAUUGAUAAUAAUAAAAUAACAACAACAGAAAGUGUCAUACAUAACAACCAACAACAACUGCAAUAAAACAACAAGAAAAACAAAAUAAAACAAAAAUUCCUUUAAACAACAAGAAAUCACUCAUACGUCUUGAGGUCCCACAUGUAGAAAAACUACAAAAAAACCAAACGUAAAGCAACCAAAGAAAGCAAAAUAUAAUAAAAAAGAUCACUAAUUAUACAACAACUACGUAUAAAAUAUAAUAUUUUAUCCCACAAAACAAAACAAAAAAAGCAGAAAAUAUUCCAAAUCAACAUCUCACAAGUAGAAUCUAGAAAACAGAAACAGAAAAGACAAAACGUUGCCAAAGAAAGAAUAUAAAACAUCAACAUCAAAACUACAUACAACAACAACAACUGCAAGAAAAAGAAAAUAAAUUUUAAAAAUUCAAGCAGAAUUUUACAAAAAUUUUAAGAAAAAAAUACAUCAGAAAUCUACGAAACUAUUACAACAUACUACGCUUAUAAAUUGUAUAGUCACACUGUCAAACAGAUAGACCGGCAGUCAGUCAGUCAGUCAUUCAGUCAUAUUAAAAAUAAUAUAAAUAUUUUUACAUCACUAAACUAAACUUACACCAAUCUCCCUCCCUCCCUCCCUCUAUCUUUAAUAGAGAAUUUAAUGUAAUUAGAACAGAAAUCAAUUGCGACAACUAAAUACUUCAGCAUCAUUUGAUAGUGAGUGAUAAUUAUUUUAUUAACAACAACAGCAACAACGACAAAACCACAACAAAAAUGCAUAUUGAAAUACAAGUUGCAUUAAAUUUCGUCAUUUCAUAUUUGUACAAUAAACUGCCCAGGAGGCGUGUCAAUAUAUUCGGUGAAGAGUUGGAAAAAGCAUGGAGAGAUAAAUUCCAAGGACAUUGGUAUCCUGAAAAGCCCUUUAAGGGCUCUGCAUUUCGUUGCCUUAAAACAGGCGAUCCCAUUGAUUCCGUUUUAGAGCGUGCCGCACGCGAGAGUGGUGUUCCCAUCUCAGAUAUUUUAGAAAAUCUUCCAAAUGAACUAUCUGUUUGGGUGGAUCCCGGUGAGGUGUCCUAUCGCAUUGGGGAAAAGGGCUGCGUUAAGAUUCUCUAUUCUGAGAAUAGCGACAAUCAAGAAGAUAACUCCUCCGCCGAUGGUGAGGUUAACAAAACAUUUAAUCCCGAGGCUCAGUGCUUUCGUCCCAUCGAUGCCGUUAACACCAGCAUGAAUAAUUUGAGUUUAAGUCCUAAGACUUCGCCCCUGGCUGGCUCAUCGCCACUGUCGGCUUCCUCGAAUUCACCUACCUAUAAGGGUAGCCCUAAUCCGGUGGCAGCGGCUGUGCUAACUGGCGGUACGUUUUUGCAGCGCUCGCAAGCGCCAUUGACCUUCACCACGGCCACCUUUGCUCAAACGAAAUUUGGUUCGACCAAAUUGAAAACCAACUCCAAAAGAACUAAUAACACUUCAUAUCGCAUGUCCCCCACUGAAUUCUCCAACUACAUAAAACAACGUGCCAUGCAGCAGCAACAAAUUCAUCACGGACACGGUCACUCGCCCAAUGGUGGCAGUGGACAGCCUGGUAAUCACUUUGGACCCAUCGGCCCCGUCUCACCAGCUCGAUCUUUGUCGCCAAAUCCCCUCUCACUGGGUUUGGGACAGAAUGGCACUGGAGCGAAUGGAGAUCCCUUCUAUUUUCCCAACAUGGCUAUGGGCAUGUAUCCACAGUUCAACAAUCAUCAUCGCAAUUUGUUCGAUACACAUUUUCAUGCUGACAACAAUGGUUUGUAUGGUCAUGGUAAUAAUGGGGUGGGUCAUGGUAAAUUUAACAACUAUCUGGAACCACAUGGUUUCUAUGGCAUGGGUGGUGGCAAUCAACAUAUGCCACAUCAGCAGCCGCAACCACAAUCUCCCAUUGCCAUGAAUGGUCAACAGCAGCAGCAACAACAGCAUCAAAUUGCUGUGGGCUCAUCAGCUACUGGUAAUAUGAAAAAUUCAAAUGAAAAUAUAAGUAAUACUAGUGUUAAUGGCAAGGAGAAUGCGGGCAACAAUAAUAAUAAUGCCAAUAUAACGGUCACUGUGACCAAUGGCACUGUUAAUGGCUCGGACAUCAGCAAUGGCGGAGUUAGUCCUGUACCUUCAACAGGCUCGGCUGCUGCUGCUAAUGCCGCCAACACAGCUGCCAAUAAUGCUGCAAAUAGUGAAAGACAAAGUGCCGCUAAUGCUGUGGCUGCUGUAGCAGCAGCUACCGUUGCAGCUGCUGCUUCUUCCUCCACAGCUAAUAGCAAUAAUUCUCAAGAUUCAGCUAACAAUGCUGCUACAGCUGCUGCAUCCAACUCGAAAUUGAUUGAUGGUCUCAAUUCAUUCUAUUCCAAUAACACUGGCUCCUAUCAGCAAUUAUUAGUUGCCAAUUAAAAAUCACUUUUACACUCACAAAAACAAAGAGUCCUUUAAACCAAAACAACAAAAAAACAUAAAAUAAUAAUAUUAAUAAUUCAAAUUAAAAAUGACACUGAAAAUUCACGAUCUACAAACAAAAAAAAGUAAAAAGUAAUUAAUUAUUUUAAACCAAAUAUCUCUCAAAUAGAGUCUAUAAUACAAAAA